GGAGUGUGUUUGUGUGUGUGCCUGUGGGUGUGAGUGCCUGGCUCCCUCUCUCUCUGACACACACACACACACACACACACACACACACACACACACACACACACACAGGAAAGGCUCGUCUGAACUUGAAGACAUCCCACAUUCCAAGAGGCUGCAGGUUCCUGGGGAUGCCGGGUUUCUUCAAUCAGGAAAAUCCUAACCUCGUCUUCCUAGAAGGGAUUAUCUUUUCUUUCCUUUUACCCCUUUAUUAUUAUUAUUAUUUUUAAAUCUGGAAGAGAAGAGCACAAGUUGUACUCCCCCUCCCGCCUCUUCUUGCUAAAUGCCAUGGAUAUAACUGAAUAAGCUGCUCAGGGCUCUCCCCGCGUGGAUGGUCCGAGGCCACCAUCUGCCUGCCUUCGCUGGAUCGCUGGAGUGGAGAGCUUAGCGUGAGCCUGUCUGGGGCCAGAAAGGAUGCGUGGCCGAGCCAGGGAGCCCCGGCGCCCUGCGGAGCCGGCCUCGGAGCCUCCAAGCCUCGGGUAGAUGCCUCCUUGCCCAGGUGCCGAGGCUGAGUGACCAGAUCAUGGAGACUCUGCUUGGUGGGCUGCUGGCUUUUGGCAUGGCGUUUGCUGUGGUCGAUGCCUGCCCCAAGUACUGCGUCUGCCAGAACCUGUCUGAGUCACUGGGGACCCUGUGCCCCUCCAAGGGGCUCCUCUUUGUGCCCCCUGACAUUGACCGGAGGACGGUGGAGCUGCGCCUGGGUGGCAACUUCAUCAUCCACAUUGGCCGCCAGGACUUUGCCAACAUGACAGGACUGGUGGAUCUGACCUUGUCUAGGAACACCAUCAGCCACAUCCAGCCCUUCUCCUUCCUGGACCUCGAGAGUCUCCGAUCCCUGCACCUGGACAGCAACCGGCUGCCCAGCCUUGGGGAGGACACACUCCGGGGCCUGGUCAACCUGCAGCAUCUUAUCGUGAACAAUAACCAGCUGGGUGGCAUCGCUGAUGAUGCCUUUGAGGACUUCCUGCUGACAUUAGAAGAUCUGGACCUAUCCUACAACAACCUCCACGGUCUACCCUGGGAUUCGGUACGGCGCAUGGUCAACCUGCAUCAGCUGAGUCUAGACCACAACCUGCUGGACCACAUUGCCGAGGGAACCUUUACAGAUCUUCAGAAACUGGCCCGUCUGGACCUCACGUCCAAUCGGCUGCAGAAGCUGCCCCCAGACCCCAUCUUUGCCCGCUCCCAGGCCUCCCUGUUGACUGCCACGCCCUUCGCCCCACCCCUGUCCUUUAGUUUUGGGGGAAACCCACUGCACUGCAAUUGUGAGCUUCUCUGGCUGCGGAGGCUGGAGAGGGAUGACGACCUGGAGACCUGUGGAUCCCCUGGAGGCCUCAAGGGGCGCUAUUUUUGGCAUAUUCGUGAGGAGGAGUUUGUGUGUGAGCCCCCUCUCAUCACACAACACACACACAAGCUGCUGGUUCUGGAGGGCCAGGCAGCCACUCUCAAGUGCAAGGCCAUUGGGGACCCCAGCCCCUUGAUCCACUGGGUCGCCCCUGAUGACCGCUUGGUGGGAAACUCCUCCAGGACUGCUGUAUAUGACAACGGCACCCUGGACAUUCUCAUCACCACCUCUCAGGACAGCGGAGCCUUCACCUGCAUUGCAGCUAACGCUGCAGGAGAGGCCACAGCUACAGUGGAGGUCUCCAUUGUCCAGCUCCCACACCUCAGCAACAGCACUAGCCGGAUGGCACCCCCCAAGUCUCGCCUUUCGGACAUCACAGGUUCCAGCAAGACCAGCCGGGGUGGGGGAGGCAGCGGCGGUGGGGAGCCUCCCAAAAGCGCCCCGGAGAGGGCUGUUCUUGUGUCCGAUGUGACCACCACAUCUGCCCUGGUCAAGUGGUCUGUCAGCAAGUCAGCUCCCAGAGUGAAGAUGUAUCAGCUGCAGUACAACUGCUCAGACGACGAGGUACUGAUUUACAGGAUGAUCCCAGCCUCCAACAAGGCCUUCGUAGUCAACAACCUGGUAUCCGGGACGGGCUACGACUUGUGCGUGCUGGCCAUGUGGGACGACACAGCUACGACGCUCACGGCCACCAACAUUGUGGGCUGCGCCCAGUUCUUCACCAAGGCUGACUACCCACAAUGCCAAUCUAUGCACAGCCAGAUCCUGGGGGGCACCAUGAUUCUUAUCAUCGGGGGUAUCAUUGUGGCCACACUGCUGGUCUUCAUCGUUAUCCUCAUGGUGCGGUACAAGGUUUGCAACCACGACGCCCCAGGCAAGAUGGCCGCGGCCACCGUCAGCAAUGUGUAUUCGCAGACCAAUGGGGCCCAGCCUCCACCUUUGGGCGGGAUCCCUGUCGGGCAGCUUCCUCAGGCACCACCCAAGGUCGUGGUGCGGAAUGAGUUGAUGGACUUCAGUACCAGCCUGGCCAGGGCCUGUGACUCCUCUUCCUCCAGCUCCCUGGGCAGCGGGGAAGCCGCAGGCCUGAGCCGGGGUCCCUGGAGGCUCCCACCCCCUGCUCCUCGCCCCAAGCCCAGCCUUGACCGCUUGAUGGGAGCCUUUGCCUCCCUGGACCUCAAGAGUCAAAGGAAAGAAGAACUUCUAGACUCCAGGACUCCAGCGGGCAGAGGGGCAGGGACAGCAGCCAGGGGCCACCACUCAGACCGAGAGCCACUGCUGGGGCCCCCAGCCACGCGCGCCAGGAGCCUUCUCCCUUUGCCCCUGGAGGGCAAGGCUAAAAGGAGCCACUCUUUUGACAUGGGAGACUUCGCAGCUGCAGCCGCCACUGCUCCUGGUGGUUACAGCCCCCCUAGGCGGGUCUCAAAUAUCUGGACUAAGCGGAGCUUGUCUGUCAAUGGCAUGCUCUUGCCCUUUGAGGAGAGUGACCUGGUGGGAGCCCGGGGGACGUUUGGCAGCUCAGAGUGGGUCAUGGAAAGUACUGUGUAAGCCAGGGUAGGAGCACCCUUCCUCCCUCUCUCAGUGGGAGAAGAAGGGGACAGAGUCAGCACUGGCGAGUAUUUGUGGAGUUUCCAUGGUGAUGUUUACAUCCAGGGACAGUCUUGUCUCCCUGUCAACAGCCUCAUGUCCUUCUGCCCAGCUACACCCCUUCCCCCGUGUCACCUUCCCAGGCCUGUCCCCACCACCCAGCGGGGUGUGCUCAGGGAAUGGGACUCGCUCAAGUGUCAGACUGAGCCCUGAGUGUCUGGAGAGGCAGCCAACCGCCUUUCUAUUCACAAAUGUAGCUACAAGCAAACGGCUUGGGAUUGCUUAUGGAUCCAGUGUAGUUUUGAUUUCUUAAUUUAUUUUUCCAUUUCCCAGACUCCUCUUCAUUCUUCCGGAUAACCGAGUGUCCUCUACCUGUGAAAGUGUGUCCCCAGCAGGUUGGGGGAUGGCGAGGUGAGGGUGAGGUGGGAGUCAAGAGGACUCUGGGUGUUCUGUGGAGCCCCUUGCCCAGAGACCCCCUUAACCCUGGCCAGCCCUACAGCCUGCCCUGGAAUUUGUGAAUGACCCAGUUUCCGUUGUUUCCCAGAGGUGACACCCACACCCAGCAAAACAGACGAAGUCAGAGUGUUAACCACAAGUAGCAGGAGGGCCUGAGAAAGGGCUUGGCUCGUCCUGUGGGGCAGAGCGGGUUUUAUUUGGAGGGUGUGGCCUUUUCUGGAAAUUGUCAUGACCAAAAGGUCUCGUAUAAAGUAGAGGAGGCAUUGGGGGCGCUCUAGACCCUCAGGCUGGCUUCUGGAGUCCUGAGAACAGGCCACUGAAUGACAGGGGAAAGGUCCUUUGUCUCUUUGAACCUCGGUGUCCCACCUGGCAAAGUCCUUGGAAGGUUCUAGAAGGCUUCCAAGGUGAACCAGGUCUUCCCAGCUCUAGGUGAUUACAUGAGUGGAACACUGGAGCAGUCCCUACCCUCCCAUGGCAUGUGGGAAUGUGAUAGAAGUUUGAAGCUGAAGCUGAAUCUUCUUUAAAACAUUUCCCAGAGUGCUUGGGAGGGGUCUGUGACCUACCCGUCCUGAAACUGUCCUCCCUCUCCCCAGAGCACGAAGCUGCCUAAUGUGACCAAGCCAGAUCAGAGGCCAAGGCUGCCUACCUCCUGGGGAGGUUUUUAGACUCCAUGAUCCCAUCUUCCCCUCAACUAGGGUUGUUCUGUUGCAAGUUUAUACCUUGCACGUUCCUUAAGGUGAUGGUUCAGGGUGCUCAUGGGAGAUGAGGGGAACCUUCUUGUGGGUCCCUGUGGAGUAUCCGUCCAUGGAGGUAAUGGGAUAGGAGCACGAACCCCACCCCUGCUCCCACAGAUCGGGAGGAAAAAGCUGCUUUGGCCAGCCUUGCCCCUGUCAUGGCUGGGCUCUUCCUCUGGCCUUCCAGCUCUCUCCUCAGAGCCAGCACAAGCGCACUACCUCUCCCUCUUUUCUGUCUUCCUAACCCAGUCCUUUAGUCUCGCCGGCAUGUCCUUCUUCUUCCACGUGUCAAUCCCACAGCCUGCAAGACAUGCAGGUGAGAGCACGCUUCAACACUCUCACGGACUCAGGGCCGGUGCUGAGCUGCUGGGCCUCAACACCACCCAAGAGCACAUGCAAAGACAGCACUGUGUCUGCAGAAGACCCCGUGGCUGCAGCCAGGGAGCCUCAAGCCCACACCUGCACCCUUCUCCCCGCCCCUCCCCACUCUGCCCUCCUGUUGCUGUUCUGUUUUCUGCCCGUUCUCUGUCUUUCCCCCAAACCAUUUUCCAGUUCUGAUAAAGCCAACUGAACACCAGACUAGCGUCCCCAGAAACCAAAAUCUGUUUUCCACAUGAGCCCAGGCACCAGGGAAAUUCUCUUCUCUGUCAUGUGUCCCACUGGAAGGGCAUUUCUAGGGCCAGUGGUACAGCUCAGUUGGCAGAGUGUCUGCCUAGCUUGAACAAGGCUGGGUUUGAUCCUCAGCGCUGCACGAACCGGCUGUGCUGAUACGUGUCUGGAACCCCAGCACUUGGGAGGUGGAUGCAGGAGAACCCUUUGCUACACCAUGAGUCUGAGGCCAGCCUGUGCUAUACAAGACCCUGCUUCAAAACAAAACACACUCCCCGAAAGGAAGGCUCUCUUCCUUCCUUGCCUCCUGCUUUCCUGUUCCAAUUUCCCACCCAUCCUGUCAGAUCGAUCCAUAGAGGAAGCGGUCCCAAAGACCACCUCCCUCCUCGCCCUUGGAUAGGAAGGGGAGGAAGCGACCCGCUGUCUCUUCUGCUCAGCGGAUCAGCCAUGGUGGAGCAAUAUGUGGCUGUUCCUGUGUCCUCUUGUUUCUGACUUGGAUGGGGGAAGCAAUGCCCCUAGGGUCAGAAUGUAAGCAUCCAUCUUCUCCUCUUAAAAAAAAGUCGGGUAAAAUACACACCUUUCAAAACCAACCACACCACAUUGCCUGGGAGGGGAGGAAAAGGAAUCUUCCCGUGUCUGUGGAUGUCUGCUGCGCAUUUCUCUGGAAACUCUGGGUUUUCUAAAGAUGAUGUUGAAGUAA